CCCAGCGGAACAAAACCUCGCUGGCUGCAUGGCUUUGUGUCUAAGCCUCCUCCUCCUCCUCACUCAGCAGCCUCCUGCCUCCGGGUGAGUGUCUGCCUUCUGCGCUGGGUCUUUCAUUCUCUCAUCUUCGUCUCGCUAAGAAAACAUGACGAACACAGCGACCAACAUGCGGCUGAAGCUGCCGCUCACCUGCUUCAUCCUGGAGGUCAUCAUGAUCAUCCUCUUCGGCGUGCUGGUGCAGUACGACGCUGAAACGGACCCGAAGAAGUGGCAUUUAGAGAAGAACCACAGCGGCCACCACGACUACGAGAACGACUUCUACUUCCGCUACCCAAGUUUUCAGGACGUGCAUGUGAUGAUCUUCGUGGGUUUCGGCUUCCUUAUGACCUUUCUGCAGCGAUAUGGCUUUGGAAGCGUGGCGUUCAACCUGCUGAUCUCGGCCUUCGCCCUGCAGUGGGCCACCAUCAUGCAGGGUUUCUUCCAUUUCAUGCGUGGAGGCAAAAUCAGCAUUGGCAUCGAGAGCAUGAUCAACGCAGAUUUCUGCACCGGCUCCGUGCUCAUCUCGUUUGGAGCCGUUCUGGGUAAAACCAGCCCGGUCCAGCUGCUGUUCAUGGCGCUGUUCGAGGUCACACUGUUCGCCAUCAACGAGUUCAUCCUUCUGACGGUUCUGGGGGCCAAAGACGCCGGCGGCUCCAUGACCAUCCACACCUUUGGAGCCUACUUUGGCCUGAUGGUGGCCCGGGCCCUGUACCGGCCCAACUUGGACAAGAGCAAGGAGAGAAACAGCUCUGUGUACCACUCGGACAUGUUCGCUAUGAUCGGGACACUCUACCUGUGGAUGUUCUGGCCCAGCUUCAACUCGGCCAUCACCGCGCACGGAGACGACCAGCAGCGCACAGCCAUGAACACAUACUACUCCCUGGCCGCCUGCACCCUGUCCACCUUCGCUAUGUCCUCACUCACAGCGCAUGACGGCAAGCUGGACAUGGUCCACAUUCAAAACGCUGCUCUGGCCGGUGGCGUCGCAGCAGGAACAGCAGGUGAAAUGAUGCUGACGCCCGCUGGCUCCAUGAUCGUCGGCUUCUUGGCCGGCAUCAUCUCCGUUCUGGGCUUCAAGUAUCUCUCACCAAUCCUGGAAGAAAAGCUGAAGAUCCAGGACACCUGUGGAGUCCACAACCUGCACGGCAUGCCCGGCGUCUUGGGUGCCAUCGUCGGAGCCGUCACUGCUGCUGUGGCAACCAAGGAGGUUUAUGGAGAGGGUCUGGCAGAUGUGUUCCCAGAUGUGGCAAGCGGAAAGUUCACCGCCUCCGCCCAGGGCGUCCGUCAGGCCAUCUCUCUAGCUGUGACCCUGGGCAUGGCCCUGGUCGGAGGACUUGUUGUCGGCUUCAUUCUGAAGGUGCCGAUCUGCGGCGCCCCUGCUGACACCACCUGCUUCGAGGACAACAUCUACUGGGAGGUUCCUGGAGAAGAGCCGAGUCAGGAGAACCAGCUGACCGGUGUGAAGAUGGAGGAGUCAGAGAAGCUCAACAGUUAGAUUCACACGGAAGCGGAGUGUUACAUCCUGUAAAAUAAACGUGGGAAAAGUCCAAUAUUCAGUUUUAAUUCUCACAAAAAAUUGUAAGAUCACUACUAAACAACUGCUAGUGGCAGCAUCAGCCUCUGAAUCCUGUAAGAACAGGCCACCGUGCGAUCGUGGUCCAGUUCAAACCAAAGACUGUUUAACAAAAACAGAAACUCAGAAGCAGAAUUUAAAAAGGAUUUAUUUACAUUUUUUCUUUUUAUGAUUUUCUUUUUUAAUUCAGGGAUGUUUUUUGUACUGUGUUAAAUCUGGGCCAUUCAAUGUUAGGAUUUUCUGUCUUUGUUUUUCACUGUUGUGGUUCGUGCAGGUACAAACGCUGCUGUCCAGCGUCUUUAUUCGUUUUUUUAUGUCAUGUGAAUUUCAUAAAGUUCAAUAGUUCUAUAGAAUUGGUUGUAAUAAUCAUUUUUUGAGAAAUGAGAAUAAUUUUUUGAAGCACAAAACUGAAUCAAAUUUGGCAAAAAUAAAUGGUUAAUGUGU